AUGUUUUCACAAGCUCACACGCCGAUGCAGAGCGUGGAUCCAAAAGACAUUUUGCGACCAGAUGUACAUAAGGGAAGAAAGUUACAGCUGUCGCUAGAGAAGGAAAUACCAGGACUGCCAAAGCUAAAGCCUGCAAGUCAACUAAAGCCUCCUCAGACGGAGAUUUCUGUGCUAUCGUCGGGACUGCGCGUCAUCUCACAGGAGACAUACGGUCAGGCGGCCACGCUCGGCAUUUUCAUCGACGCUGGGAGUCGAUUUGAAGACGAGAAUAGUGUAGGUGUAAGCCAUUUGUUGGAGCACUUAGGCUUUAAAAGUACCAAGUUGCGCUCUCAUGCGCAGUUGGUGCACGAGAUUGAGGACAUUGGGGCACUCACGACGUCUUCGUGUGGCCGAGAGCAGAUAAUCUACACGAUUGACUUGCUGCGUGACAAUGUGGAGAAAGGCUUGGAGCUGCUAGCCGACGCUAUUCUUAACGUGGAUCUAAUUCCGGAGGAGAUGGAGGGCAUAAAGGCCAUUAUGCGUAUCCAGUCGGAGAAUUUAAUGGAGAAUCCACCGGCCAUGCUGCAGGAGUUCAUCCAUGCUGCAGCUUACGGGGCAGAUACGCCGCUUGGGCGGCCUCUUCAGUGUCCACUUGACAAGAUUGACGCACUGACGGUUGAAAAGGUUAAGCAAUUUCGAGCUAAACAUUUUGUCGCUCAGAAGAUGGUGCUUGCUGGCUCUGGUGUUGAUCACGCUCGAUUGGUUGAGCAUGCGGAGAAGUUCUUUGCAAAUGUGUCUGUGGCCCUCGCUGAUACACCAAUGGCAACGCCGUCAAAUCCUGCAACGUUGAAACCGGUGACUUACACGGGAGGAUUGUACCCGCUUCCAAACCCGGAGUCAGAGUUUUCGUAUGCCGCAUUGGCAUUUCCUACUGGUGGUUGGCAUGACAAAGACCUUGUGCCCAUUUGUGUAUUGCACACGUUGCUGGGCGGCGGUGACAGCUUUUCUGCUGGUGGCCCAGGAAAGGGCAUGUACUCGCGGUUGUACACGAGCGUUCUAAACCGCUUUUACUGGGUUGAGUCAGCUUUUGCGUUCUCAUCCAUCCAUGCCGAUGUUGGUCUCCUGGGUAUAUAUGGUGCUUGUAUUCCAUCGCACACAAGCAACCUCGUUGCACUGUUGUGCAACCAAAUGCUCAGCGUUGCCAACCGAUCAGUUGAUGCCAUUGAGCUAGCUCGUGCUAAGAACCAGCUUAAGUCAUCUGUGCUGAUGAACCUUGAGUCUCGUAUGAUCCUGUACGAAGACAUUGGUCGUCAACUUCUUACGUAUGGCGAGCGUGAGACGCCCGAGUCUGUGUGUGCUAAGAUCGACCAGGUUACAGCCGCAGAUAUUCAGCGAGUCGUAAAGGAUGCUAUGCAGAACCCGCCUAGCCUCGUUUACUCUGGUGAUGUUUCUAAAUUUCCGCAGUAUCAACAAGUCGUUGCCGGUAUCCAAGAAGGAUUGAGCGAGUAA